AUGGGUACCGCUCUCGAUACGCUCAUGUCCUAUCUGCGAAUACCGCUACUUGCCUCUUCCGGCAUCGCGGCACUGUGUAGUGGCCUCCUAUACUUUAAGCAGAAUGAGCUCAUCUACCCAAGAGCAUUUCCACCUGAUGCUCGGACCAAUGUUCCGCGUCCUUCACAAUUCGGUCUUACUGACUACGAGGAGCUUUUCAUCCCGACUCCGGACGGCGAAUCACUCAGCGCGUUCUACAUUCGGCCAAACAAACAACAUGCUCGCAACGUGACUGUUCUUAUGUUUCACGGUAAUGCUGGUAACAUUGGCUAUCGACUUCCGAUCGCUAAGGUCCUUACGAACGAACUUGGUUGCAAUAUACUCAUGCUUCAGUAUCGUGGUUACGGUCUAUCGUCUGGCAAUCCCAACGAAAAGGGGCUUAUGAUUGAUGCUCAGACUGGCCUGGACUACAUUCGCAAUCGAUCAAAACUUCGGGGCACGCAGAUAGUCAUCUAUGGACAAAGCAUUGGGGGUGCUGUAGCUAUUGGACUCGCUUCGCGCAACCAGAAGCAGGGUGAUAUCGCUGGCGUUGUGCUAGAGAACACAUUCACUUCACUCAGAAAGCUUAUACCAUCUGCGUUUCCCCCAGCUCGGUUCCUCACGCCGUUAUGUCACCAGAUAUGGCCCAGCGAGGAUACACUACCAACAAUCACUACGAUACCGUUCCUGUUCCUCUCGGGACUGAAAGACGAAAUUGUUCCAGCCUCGCACAUGGCCCGUCUAUUCAAGGUUUGCAGAGCUCCCAAAGUAUGGCGCGAGCUUCCCAAUGGGACUCACAACGACACAGUAGCAGAGCCAGGGUAUUUCCAACAUAUUGAUGACUUCCUAAGAAAAUUCGUCACAGCAUGA